AUGCACAUUAUAAAGAGAUGUCCUUGCAUAAGUAAGGACCUGGCGGAUUACUUUAGCAGUGACGACGACGAGGAGGAGUUGUUUGAGUCUGACAUUUACGAUAAAGUCAAAAACGACUGGGAAUGGCUGAGUUUACGCCACGAAAGAAGGCUGAAUGAAGUUUUAAACUUGGUUAAACACUCUAGGAAUGCAGAUAAUAGGAUAAACAACAUUAACUUGUCAACCUUUUUGUCCUUCACGCCGAAGCUGCUGCAGAACCACCUGCACAGGAUCUUGGUGACGCACAGCGAGUGGAACGGGCGGUCCCUGGACGAUAAGCCCUUUGAGAACAUAUUCGACGGGAACGCGGCGGUGAUGUUCUGUGACAUCUCCGGGUUCACGCGCCUGGUUGAGCUAAUAGAGAGUUCAGAGGACCUGGAAUCGGUUUCGAACCUCGGGCAGUUUUUGAACAACUUCUUUGACCCCCUGAUUAACCUAAUCCACUUCUACAAGGGGGACAUAAUUAAGUUUUCAGGAGACGCACUUUUGUCAAUAUUCUACCCACUUCAUGGCUCAGGCUCAGGCUCAGAUCAUUACGCGCAGCAGUUGAAGGGGAAAGCACCUGCAACAAAAUCUGCUAAAUUAAAGGAAGCGUGCAUCAACUGUUUAAAGUGUUGUAGAGACCUGCACAACAUCCUGAACAACUAUCCAAUGCCGCUGAGUAGUUCGUCGGCACGCAAAGACGAGAACAAUAAGAUCAAGUUACACAUAGGCUGCUCGUACGGAAGAAUAAAGAUGAAGUGCGUCGGAGGAAUAUUUGAACGCUACGAGUACUACCUGACGGGAGACCCGCUUAAUGACCUGUCGAUUCUGGGCAUGAUAUCGAAGUCAGAUCAAACCUUGGUUUCACACCAGUUCUACAAAAAGGUGGAAAACGAAAUAAAGGUGGAACACAUAGAGCAUAACAACAUUACAUACUACGAGUUCCUGUCAUUGAAUGAAGAUGAGCAGUCGAGCAAAGUGGCAAGAAAGGAUACAGCACCAGGCCUGUAUGAACGUGAAACGUCAAUAGAUGAUGAAUUGAGCGAGGACCUAAGUGAAGAUGAAGCGAUCACAGGCGAUGAUGCAGCACUAAGGUUGAACAGAGUAUCUCCAAGGAGAAUCAACGAAUCUAAGCGUUGGAGGGAUGAAAUGAGGAACUUGAACAACUACUACGGAUAUAUAUCACAGGACAGUGCGAGACACAAGUAUCUGUUGCAGAAGGAUAAGGAAGAAUACAUACAAAGCAGGUUCAACAGUAAAGAGUUAAGCGAGUUGUUGAAAAGGGACGGACUAGACUCUGAGGAGAGUAAGAGUCCAGAGGAGAGAGUUGACGACAAGGAACACGUGACACCAGAUAAAAGUGAACACGAUUCCGAGGGUACAGUAACCAAACAAGACUACAAGCAUCAAGAAAGUGCAGUAAAGAACGAAGUUGACGAGGAGAAGGAAAGAACUGAAAGGUUUAAGGAGAGAUACAUUAAAAUACUGAGUUCGUUCAUGCCGAGAUACAUAUACAAUAAGCUGGCGCACGGAUUCAACAUCCACAACAACGAAAUGAGGAAGAUCACAAUCGUUUUCGCAAAUUUUGAGUUCCUGAAGCCGAUGAGGAGAAACAAGAGCACGUGGAACAACAAGUACAUCUACGAGGCAGUCAAAGGAGUAGCAAGGGAGCCCGUGGACAUUAAUGGUAAGAUGGAACAACUGAAGGAUUUGAGUGCUGAUGGCACUGCUGGAGAGGCGACAGGAGCCAAUGAUGAGCAGAAGAUCAACGUGAUCAUGAAGAUAUGCCAAAAGGCGUGCUACUCGUUUGAAGGCUCGAUCAACAAGUUGCUCCUGGACGACAAGGGGCUGACGAUACUGAUGAUCAUGGGAUUCCCGCCACUGUUCCACGAAGAUGACGCACUGAGAGCAAUAUUCUGUGGACUCAAGAUAGCAAAAGACACGAAGAAGAUCGACGUCAACGUUGGAAUUGGAAUCACCACGGGAAGAGUAUGGUGUGGAACGCUGGGAAACGACAUAAGGAAGGAGUACACAGCACUGGGGGACAUCGUUAACAUAUCCUCUAGGUUGAUGAGCAACGCAAUGAAGUUGUCGAGAAAAACAGCCGAUACCGCAGACAACGUGUCGAUGAGUGACUCCAGUAGCAGUCGUACGGAUAACACGGUGGCCACGGGCGCUGGCGGCGGCACUCUGGGAAGCGUGAAGGACCUGUAUAACAUAUUGGUUGACGAAAACACGUACAAUGAGGCGCGAGAGUACAUUGAGUUGUUGGAACUGGAGCCUAUAAAGCUGAAGGGGAAGAGCGACACGUUCAAUGUGUAUACACCGACAGGAAGGCUGUACAACACGCCGAAAACGCACAUAUUCGACGACAUUAACACGAGGAACGCAAAAGACAAUUUGGGCAUUGCAAUGUUGGAUGAACUGUACAACAUAAAUCAAGUUCGCAUGAACAUACUGAACAGGGUUAGCAGCCUGAGGGGGAAGACGCUGUUCAUUAACUGCAACGACUCAAACAACAACCAGUUGACGUUUUACUACAUCAACCACCUGUUAUCGGAGGCAGCUAACACAGGGUUUUGUGAAGAGGAGGCCACUGGAGCCGAUGGCGAUGACGAUGCGGCGUCAGGUGGCGGCGGAGGUGGGACGUUUGGUGAGCAGAUGGAGAGGCUUAAAAGGCUCUACCGUAGGCAUAAAAUACUCAACAUAAACCACAACAAGCACGAUAAGCUGAUAUACACGGAUCUCGAGGACGCAUAUAAGCUGCUGAUACUGGACAUCGUGAACAUAUGGUCGAACUCGACGACAAGGUCAGACUACUACGUUGUCAACAGCGGAAGUCAAAACGGCCACGGCAGCGAUAGGAAAAGGGUUGUGAAGUUGUUGAAGGAGCUCCUCGACCCAAAGUUGCACUGGAAUUUGAACAUACUGAACAAGGUAAUAAGUAACCUGAAGCACAACAACCACCUGCUGACGCUGCUGUUCAACAAUAGAGCAAGGGGGAACAGCAGCGUGUUAAAGCACCUGUACAACUCACUGAGUGGCGCGUCAGGUGUUGAUAACUUUGGUACUGGAACAAGUGACACCAUUGGUAUCAAGCUGCUGCUGUUGGUUGAAAAGGAGAGACUGAACGUCAGUGAAUACAUAUACUCCCUGCUGGAGGGAAUUAACCUGCACUAUCCAAUAAUACUGGUGGUGAACGCGUCGCACGAUAAGCCGACGGUCGAGGACAACAGGCUUAUAAGUAAGCUGCUUAAAAGAUCAUGUGAGCACGAGAAGGAGCCAUGUACACGGGAGAGCGGGUUGUGCGAAUAUGAUAAGAAGGAGCUGACAUCAGUGGUGAUUAACUUUAAGCGUCCCCCGGAAGAAAACCGCACAAUCCACAGGAAUCACACAACUAACUUUGAACUCCCGAUUCACAGUUACCACCAAUCGGAAAGUGGUAUUGACAGCGACAAUGGUGUCAACGAACAGGGGGAGUACGCUAAUGAAGAGAACACGAUCAACAUAGAAAGUUUGACGAAGUCACAAAUUAGGACACUCAUAUCGAACCUGUUAUCGAGUGAAGAGUUUAGCAGCAGUAAGAUGACGAGCAGGGAUGAGGUGGUUGACUCCAUCUAUAACACAACGAAUGGGCUGUACUAUUUUACAUUCAAGUACGUAAACUACUUAUUAAACAGCGAGUCGACCUGUUUAGACGAGGAGUCUCGGGAGGAUGGCGAAAGCAGCGGUGGAGUUGAUGCUGUACGGGAUGGGAACUGGCUCUUUGAGCACCUGGACAGGGAGAUCAGCAACUACUUUAAAUAUAAGCUGGACCAGCUGGAGCCAAGAGAGCUGUUCGCACUCAAGAUCCUCAUACUGCUGAACAAGCCCAUCACUGAGAAGCAGCUGUCCGCCAUUAUGAAUUCAAACCAGUAUGUGGGUGGCAUUGGUAGCAGUGCCUUCGUUGGAGGACUGAGCAGCGUUGAGAGCGUCUGGGGGAGCGAGUUGGCCUCAUUCAGGGAGGGCUACCAGGAUUCCAUCGUCUCAUCUGAGCGCAAAGACGACAAGGAACAGAUCAUGAAAAAGCUGACGGCAUUCAACCUGGUUAUUCCACAGGAAGACUCGCCAGAAUCUGGCACUGAUGGCCACGCUGAUGACUCUGAAGACUCUGGUAACCCUGCCACGCCUGCCGACAGGGCUGACUGUGUAGCCUCUGAAGCGAAGUACUAUGUAAAUAACAGAUUAGUGAGGAAGAUAAUCCACGACCGCAUUCUGGAUGAAGAGAAGUCCCACAUCAUCAACGACUACUUGGCGAACCACUUAUAG